AUGCAACAGCUAUCAGGAAUCAACUUCAUUAUAUACUACGGCACUCGAUUCUUCAAAACGGUCGGCAUUGAAGAUUCAUUUCUCGCCACUAUUAUUGUUAACGUGGUCGCAUUCUUCUCCACGAUUCCGGGUUUGUAUCUGGUAGAGAGAAUGGGAAGAAGAAACCUGUUGCUCAUCGGUGCUGCUGGAAUGGGCAUCAGCCAACUGAUCCUGGCUGUUCUCGGGGUUACGGUUUCGUCGACGGCAGGAAACAAUGCCCUGAUUGCCAUGGUGUGCAUCUACAUAUUUUUCUUCGAGUUCUCAUGGGGACCAUGCGCGUGGAUCGUCACUGGAGAAAUAUUCCCCAUGCAUGUUCGAUCCAAGGCUUUGUCCAUGACAACCGCGAGCAAUUGGCUCUGGAACUUCAUUCUUGGCUUUGUCACUCCUUACAUGGUGGACUCGGGCAAAGGCAACGCGGAUCUGGGCAGCAAGGUUUUCUUCAUCUGGAUGGCCUUCUGCUUCCUCGCAGUGGUAUUUGUCUGGAAAUACAUCUACGAGACCAAGGGUUUGUCAUUGGAACAGGUUGACGAGCUGUAUCACCAAUGCAGCCAGGCUUACAAGUCACCUUCAUUCAGGCGAAACUGGGAUAAUGAGACUGGAGUCGCCUCGAUAGGCACUCAAUCAGAGAAGAAGGUACUCGAGACCGAUGACAAGCAGAGUGCCUCAGUAUCGGUCCACGAGUAG